AUGAAAAGUAAAGAUCUGGAAAAUAUCGUACUUUCAAAGUAUCGAAAUGGUGAUACUCCAACAGAAAUUCACCGUGAUUUAAAUGGCGGUAUUGUUUUAACGACAAUUAAACGGUGGUGCCAAAUGAUCCGUCGAUGUGGAUCUGUCUAUCGACCGGAUACACGAGGUGGUCCACGUAUUGUUAGAACUAAAGAAAAUAUUCGAAAGGUCAAAAGCAGUUUACGCCAAACUAAAAAAGAAUAUCAUCUCGGUUCUAAUAUACGGUGGAUCUUUCAACAGAAUGGCGCCAUGCCGCACCAAUAUCAUUUAACACAACAAUGGUAUGAAACGAAUUUUCCAUCAUUUAUUAACAAAGAUCGUUGGUCGUCUAAUAGUCCGGAUGUAAAUCCGCUAGACUAUUCAAUUUGGGACGAACUGGCCAAUGCUAUGGACUGGAGCAAAGCCCAAUCAAAAGCAGCACUGAUUCAGCAACUGAAGUUCUCAGUAAAAACAGUUCACGAAUCAAUUGUCUUUGAAAGUUGUACUGUUUGGACUAAUCGAUUGUAUCGCCUUUCUUAA